CCAUCGCUAGCGACGACUUGGUCUUCCCAGGAUUGUUCGAGUUGUUCCUGCGAGUGCCGUGGCCUCACCUACCGCAUGAGCAGGUAGUACUGUUGCUGUCUCCUUUUUACGGACGGCAUCUGAAGUCCAAAGAGGGUAGGCCAUACCUGGGGUCACACAGGGGGUCCUUGAAGUCCGCGCUGCAGGACACCAGCACCCCUCCGUGUGCAGCGCUGCCACCUGCGACCUCGAGGACGUCGUUACGGACCAAAAGCCAUGGCCUCGAGGUCUCCUUCCUCGAGCCAGGAGCAGCCACUUGUAUCAUUCCCUCCUGUGGCAAAGCACCUGUAUCUGCAAAAUGAAGUGAGAUUGGCAUUCUGACUUUGUAUCUCAUGCAUAGAGCGAAGCGGGACUGUGCUGAUGGAGUCAGCUACUUGGUCAGCAGUUACUUGAUCAGUCUCAUUAUUCUACUGGCAGUUGUUAUAUGUACUGUGGCAGCCAUUGUGUGUGUCAGCAUGAAAGGAACCAUUUGUAACCCUGGACCUCGGAAGUCUAUGACUAAGCUGCUUUAUAUCCGCCUGGCACUGUUUUUGCCAGAGAUGCUCUGGGCUUCUCUGGGGGCUGCCUGGAUAGCACAUGGUAUUCGGUGUGAUAAGACAGUUGAGAAUGGCAUCGAAAUAACCGUCAUUGUCAGUUGGAUCAUCAUCAUUGCCACUGUGGUUACCGUUAUCAUUGUCUUUGACCCCCUGGGGGGGAAAAUGCCUCCAUAUUUCUCUGCUGGUCCCAGUCACCUCGAUACUCAUGAUUCUAGCCAGUUUCUUAAUGGCCUCAAGACAGCAGCUACAAGCGUGUGGGAAACCAGAAUCAAGUUCUUGUGCUGUUGCGUUGGGAAAGAUGACCAUACUCGAGUUGCUUUUUCGAGUACGGCAGAGCUUUUCUCAACCUACUUUUCAGACACAGAUCUGGUGGUCAGUGACAUUGCAGCAGGUCUUGCCCUUCUCCGUCAGCAACAGGACAAUUUCAGGAAUAACCAGGAGCCCGAUGAGGUAAUCAGCCACUCCCCAGGGCCCUCCCAGGAAGCUGAUUUGGAUGCAGAAUUAGAAAAUUGCCGCCAUUAUAUGCAGUUUGCAGCAGCUGCCUAUGGGUGGCCACUUUACAUUUAUAGAAACCCAUUUACAGGACUGUGCAAGAUUGGUGGUGACUGUUGCAGAAGCAGAACAACAGAAUAUGACUUGAUUGGAGGUGAUCCGCUCAACUGUCAUUUUGGCUCUAUCCUGCAAACUACAGGGCUACAGUAUAGGGAUUUCAUUCACAUAAGCUUUCAUGACAAGGUAUACGAGCUGCCAUUUUUAGUGGCUCUGGAUCACAGGAAAGAGUCUGUUGUGGUAGCUGUGAGAGGGACCAUGUCUCUGCAGGACAUCCUUACUGAUCUGUCAGCAGAGAGUGAAGUACUCGACAUACAGUGUGAGGUGCAAGACUGUUGGGCACACAAGGGGAUUUCUCAGGCUGCCAGAUAUGUUUACCGACGCCUUAUCAAUGAUGGGAUUUUGAGCCAAGCCUUCAGCAUAGCUCCUGAAUACCAGCUUGUAAUCGUGGGGCACAGCCUGGGGGGUGGAGCUGCUGCCCUAUUAGCCAUCAUGCUCAGAGCCUCAUACCCGCAAGUCAGGGGCUAUGCCUUCUCCCCACCCCGGGGAUUGUUAAGCAAAUCUCUCUAUGAAUACUCUAAGAACUUCAUUGUGUCAGUUGUUCUAGGAAAGGAUGUGAUUCCCAGGUUAAGUGUGACCAACUUGGAAGAUUUGAAGAAAAGAAUCUUGAGAGUGAUUGCUAACUGUAAUAAGCCUAAGUACAAGAUCUUGCUGCAAGGGUGCCGGUAUGAACUGUUUGGAGUGCCUGACAACUCUCCAACUGAGCUGGAUGGGGACAACCAGGGAGACCUGACGCAGCCCCUUCUUGGGGAACAGAGUCUAUUGACACACUGGUCCCCAGCCUACAGCUUCUCCAGUGAUUCUCCUCUGGACUCUCCACCCAAAUAUCCCCCUCUGUUUCCUCCUGGAAGAAUCAUCCACCUAGAGGAAGAGGACACCUCAGGGAGGUUUGGCUGGUGUUCUACUGCUCAGUAUAGUGCAAAGUGGUCACAUGAAGCGGAAUUCAGCAAAAUACUCAUAGGCCCAAAGAUGCUAACAGACCAUGUGCCAGAUGUUCUUAUGAGAGCCUUGGACAGUGUGGUCUCCGACACAGCAGCCUGUAUCUCCUGUCCAGCACAAGAGGUCCCUAAUGUGGAUGUAGCAUAACCAGGGCUACUACAAACUGUCCCAGGAACUGUCCUACUUUUGUUCUUAAACUGACUUACUGUCCUGUCUGAGUGACUCCUGUGAUGCCAACACAACAAGGUAUCUGUCAGCAGGAAUUGGAAGGGUACUAAGUUUGAUGUUCUUCUAAAUGAUCAAACAACUUAAAGCAAAUAAUUUUGGUCAUAGUAAUAGGAGAAUUCAUUGGGUGAUGGAACUCCUGACGCUGACAUUGAACAUGGCAAGAACCUCAGGAAGCCCUGUUUGUUAUCCUGGCCCACAGAUCAUUUGGCCAUCUGAGAAUUGUCCUCAAAGGGCAGGAACCCAACAUCCAGACUGAAGAACCUAAAGAGAUCUGUAGACUCCUACCCCACAGACAACCCUUUCAACUAACUUUGGCUUAAAGGUGUGCAGUUUAUUCAGAGUCUUCCUGACUAUACAAGCAGAACUGCCAUGAAGGUGCAGCCUAGUUUUCUCCUGGGUUACUCAAGUGCAGCCCUGAGCUCUGAGAAUGCAGACAAAAUCUUGUUGAGGAAGUGAGUGGAGACCACGGCUCCUGCCCUUCCCUGAGCCGUAGCACUUCAGCAUCUCGUUUACAUUAUCUGGGUAUUUUGGCAACAUCAAGUUGAUUAAUUCUGAUGUAUGCUUCUGACUCUGAGGUCACCACCCAUUGGAUUUAAAGAGAGUUAAAAAAAAUAAAGCACAUGUCAUUACAUUUUCUAUGUAGUAAAUAAUGUGCUCUUCUACUGGAGGUUUCCAGGUAGGUCUAUUUGCUGGGUGGUUUUACAGCAAUCAUGUUUUACGUUUAAGAGGAAAGACUCUAAGAAAGAUGCAGAAGAGGAGACAAGAAUACCCAGGUGGCUAGAGUCAAACAGAAUGCUAAGGGGGAAGGUAAGGUAGAGUAACCUGGCCAAUGAGACAAGAUUCCCCCCACACCUGUGACGUGGGAAUGAAGCAGACAAGGACCAGCCACAGGGCAGGUUUGCUUGAAAGGUGGAAAAAAACCUGGCCCAACCUGUGCUCUGAGGUGAAGGGUAGGGUAGGACUGGACACCAACAACAACACGGCUGAGGCAAGGAGAUGACAUUCCUCAGCUCUUUGUACUCGGCUGCCAGGAGCUUCAGAGAGAGAAUCUUCCUGGGAAGCUGACCUCAGGAGAUAACUGUGUCUCAGGGACCCUCAGCUAUGGCAGCCAUGCCACUGUAGAACUUCGGAAAAGCUGCAAAGGGCAGUUUUUAAAACUUCAGUUGAAAUGCCAUGGCAACAUCAAGCUGCUACAAGUUUCAUUUCUAAACACAAUGCCUACACUUACCUAGUAGCAGAAAGGUAGGAGGUCUGACUGCACACUAACCCUCCUGGUGUGCUGUUUCCAAUCUCAGCCUUUAAGCAUGAGCCAAGGAUGCCCACAAUUGAGGAACAAGAGGCCACAAGAAACAGAUGAUGUAGGCAGAAGCUCCAGGCAACCUCAGCAAUGGCUUAGGACACAGAAAAAAUGCUAUAAUCACAAAACUGACACAGGAGGCUCAAAAUGGGUAUUUAGAGAGUGAAAAAGAACACCUGAAACUUAAUGGGAGCUGAAAUCAAAACUCAAGAUAAAUCAGGAAAAGGAAAAGUUAAGAGACCAUUCCAGGAAUUCCAUAUUUCAAUGAAAGUUGUAGAAAAAGAGAAAAUUAAAAGAUGAGCUUCCAUGUUCAGUGCC